CGGCAGCAUGGCCAGCGCUGCGCCGAUCGAAGCGUACGACGCCAACGCGUUCUUCCACGCGGGCUUCGACCCGGCCGUCUCGGUCUUCGGGAGCCUUGGGUUCGUCGCCGCCAACGUCGUACUGGCGCUGCUGAUCGAGCACGGGCUCAAGCUCGUCGAGAAGGUCGUCGAGCACCAUCCGACGUACUUUCGCCUCCUCACCAAGAUGUACCAAGAGCUCAUGGUCGGUGGCUUCACGGCCUUUGUCUCCAAGCGCAUCCAGCAGUGGAACGUUCUCUCGGCCGACGACGAGCAAAUGGUCAACUCGUCCGACGACAUGGUGCUCUACUACGGCCUCGCGAUCGCGCUGCAGUCCAUGGUCAUGUUCUGGCGCCUGCGCAAGCACAACUCGCAGGUCGACAAGCUCUCGCUCCUCACGGCGCAGGAGCUUUACGACGAAGUGACGGCGAACGGCGACAGCAGCUCGCCAGCCCUUCCGAGCAUCUACCACUCGGUCAUCAAGAUGAAGAUCGUCCGCCGGUAUUUCCUCAACGCGUACCAGCUGCCGGAGCUGUUUUCGUUCCCAAAGUACCUCCGCGCGAUCCAGGACUCGGAGAUCAUCCAGCUCUUUGACAUUGAAAUCUUCGCGUGGCUCCUCCUCGUGGGCAUCUACGUGGCCUUCUUUGCCGUCUGCGGCGCCGUCGACCACGUUCUAUUGGCGCCCGAGAGCACGCUCACGUACGCCGAUGCCGAGCACGUUCUGCGCACGCGCCUCCUCGUGCUCUUUGUCUUUAUCGCAAGCCUCGGACUCGUCAUGUGCCUCCUCAACGUAUACCUCAAGCGCUGCGUGCACUGGAUCGUCGUGCAGGCCAGCAACAGCGCGGCCGAGGACCACCACCUCGUCGCGGCCCUCGGACGUAUCGCGACCGAGGAAGCACACUUGGUCCAGGACGAGACGACCGAGUCGGCGAUCGCACGCAUGACGACCGUGGCCAACAGUCUGAGUGAGAAGCCCGACCACUCGACCAUCUGGGGGCUGCUCCAGACCCUCUUUCGCAAAGUCACGGGCCGCCAGCACACGCGGGAUCUCAAGCUGCAGAUCGCCAAGCUCCACUUGCCCUUCUUUUCCCGCAAGCUCCUCCACGUCUUCAUCAAGCUCCUCCUCAACAUGAACGCCAUGUACUUUGCGCUCGUGCUCCAAAGCUUCUUUACGAUUCUGCGGCCGUCGAUCGCGUACCCGACCCAGAUCUGGUAUCCGGUGAUCCUCCUCGCACUCACGCUGGCGCUGGGCGUCAACAUGGCCAUCUUUGGCCCGCGCAUCGUUGGUCGCAUGGCGCUAGUGAACGCGACCGUCCGCGUCAACGCUGCCGAGCUCAAGCGGUCGGUCGAGCACUUUACCGAGGUGCUCGAGGUCCAAGAAAAGAUGGUCGCCGCGCUCGUCAAGUACACGGCGACGCACCUCAAGUCGCUCGAAGACAUGCAAGACGAGCUCAAGCUCCACGACGAGAAGCACUCGGGCUACAUUGAAAUCGACAUCCUCCGGCGCACGAUCAAGCGCUACGGCUUCAAAUUUUCCAAAAACAAGUUCAACACGUUCAUUCGGCUCCAAUUCAAAACCAAGGGGACGACCGUGCAGUACGAAACCUUCCUCAAAGUGCUCCACCGCACGAUCGAGAAGAACGAUUAUGGCGCCCACGCCACGUACGACGACGCGCCGUCGCUGAUGUCCAAGGUUUCGUUUGCAGUGUCGAAAUAAAAACAGACAAUGUGUCUUCUUCACC